GAGAUGAUCUAAUAAUGCACAGAGCACUUAACUUAUUAGGCAAAUUGUCUUGCUAUACUUUUGUGCUGCUGCUAAUGUUGAUCACUUGUAGACCUACCGUACAUAUUUGUAUUGAUGGUUCCCUGUACCAUCUCUCUCCAAUCCAAACUAGAUUUUGUGGACCAUAUCCACAGUGGAUUUAUUAACACAAUAGAAUAGCUAUUCAAAUGUGUUUUUUUAGUAAAAUAUCCCUUUAAACCUCACUUCAGCGCUCUCUUUUUUUCGAGGUGGUUCUCUCGACCAGUCCUUUCCUGUUUGAUAAGUCUGAGUUUGAGUAAGAGGCACGCAGUUGAAGGCAACCGGGACACUGACAGUGUAGCUGGCGAACCCGUUUUGUUCAAGAGAUACGGCAACAUUUGACUUAUAACUAUAAUGCAUUACUAAGUAUAUCCCGGGGUAUAGGCGAAACAUUAUCGGCAGACAGUGUUUGUUACUAGAAUAUUGUAAGCUAACAGUUAGCUAGCUAACAACAGUGCAAUGUUUUGAACGUCGAUGACACCAGCAUUAGUUGUGCACUUCGUUUAUUGCUAGCUAAUUAUAUUAUUAGGUAACUUAGCUACAUUAUACCAAAAGUAUCACUUUUUAGAGAUGGACAACGUAACUUCAUCGUCACACCAUCAUGCAUAUGAAUCAGAGGGCCAGGGGCACAGUCCAACAUACAGGAGGCGGACGGUGGAGGACUUCAACAAGUUCUGCACAUUUGUGUUGGCAUAUGCAGGCUAUAUCCCAUAUCCCCAGGAGGACUCUCCUCUGCGUAGUAGCUCCAGCCCCCCCAACAGUACAGGCAGUACAGCAGACAGUGAUGGCUGGACCCCUGUCCCUCAACCCACUUGCCCCCCGCGGCCCCCCAUACCCCUGCAGGACAAGAACAGGAAACGACCCCAUCCCACGCGAAUCCACCCUGGGGCCUCACUAUCCAGCCAUGUUAUGAAAAAUCAUGGCCAUUUAGCGUCCUCACUGCACCCAGAUGACCAGAGGAAAGCCAACAAACUGAAGAAGAGGAGAAAGGACCGGGAGAGCCAGGCCGGCGAGCCGAGCUCUGCACAUCAGGCCGACGCAAUGAGCCCAGAGCCAAUGUUCCCCCUGCCCCUGGGAGGACGACCAAUCAAAGACGAGCCUGAGGAUGACUUCUUCAUCCCCCUCCACCCUUCGUCCCCUCACCCCCUGCCCAGCCCCUCUCACUUCAAUAACUCCUCCCCCUGUAAGCAGGAGCACAAUGAGGAGUGGGAGUGCUGGGCUGGACAGGGGCUGGUGGAGGGCAUGGUGAAGGUGGAGAGUUUUACUGGGAACAGGACGGUGAUCCGACAGGGGAAACAGGUGGUGUUCCGAGAUGAGGAUGGCUCCGGAGAGGAUGAGGACAUCAUGGUGGACUCCGAUGAUGACUCGUGGGACCUGGUGACGUGUUUCUGUAUGAAGCCGUUUGCAGGCCGGGCCAUGAUUGAGUGUAACCAGUGUAACACGUGGAUCCACCUGUCCUGUGCUAAGAUCAGGAAGUCCCACGUGCCUGAGACUUAUAUGUGUCAGAGCUGCAGAGGCACACUGGGCCUGGCAGACACCCGCCGCUCAUACCGCUCACGCAUUGGCCCCCGCAGACACCUUCUUGACUGACCCCAUUGCAAACCCCUUCACCCCUCUCACUUGCAUUUAGACCGUGCCCCAUACGGUUCUAACCCCAACCCGGUCCUGUAACGCAUGCCCCAGGCCAGCCCUUUCCUUUUGUCCCUGACCCCAGUCCUACCCCAUGCCCCAGGCCCUUUUCCUCACCCCUAUUGUGUCGACUAAGCCUACUAGCCAUCCCUCGGGGUCUUCAACACCCCCAAACUAAACCGAUCCGAGUGCUAUUUAAGAUUUAUUAUACAUUUGACGGAGUCUCUCUGCUUCCUUCCGGACUCUGUGCGUAAGUCAAUCACUGAAUGUCUGUCUGUAGUAGUACAAUAGUUGACCAGUAGGGUUGGACUCCGUAGUCUAGUCUGGCUGACCGGUUAGCUCCGACUGGAUAGAGACUAGCAACGCAUCUCGCAUGAACAGUGGAAACCUGUCUUCACUCUUAAACUGUCGGAGAGAAUGGCCUAUAGAGCUGCCACCCAACAGUGCAUUUUGGGACGUUGGCUUUUUGCACUAAUUUCAUGCGUUAAAGGGGUGUGUUGACUUGCCAACCCCUUCUCCCCCAACCACCCUCUCAACUAGGUGGUUGGUACGUUUGUCUGUCUGAGGGAAGCCUUUGUCUAAAGCCUCAAGCAGUGGGUCUGUAGAUGAUGAUGUCCAGUUCUAUACUGAACAAAAAUAUAAAUGCAACAUACUGAGUUAAUUCAUAUAAGGAAAUUUGUCAAUUGAAAUAAAUAAAUUUGGCCCUAAUCUAUGGAUUUCACAUGACUGGGAAUAUAGAUAGGAAUCUGUUGGUCACAGAUACCUUAACAAAAAAAAAGGUAGGGUCGUGGAUCAGAAAACCAGUUGCCUCAUGCAGCGCAACACAUCUCCUUCGCAUAUAGUUGAUCAGGCUGUGGAAUGUUCUCCCACUCCUAUUCAAUGUUGAGUUUUAUUUUUGAUUUAUUGUUUUUUUGUAUCUUUAUUUAACUAGGCAAGUCAGUUAAGAACAAAUUCUUAUUUUCAAUGACGGCCUAGGAACAGUGGGUUAACUGCCUGUUCAGGGGCAGAACGACAGGUAGCCCCAGGGGCAGAAUGGGGCUACCUUGCCGCCCCAUUCUUCCAUGUGCAGGCCAUGGAAGAAGUGGGGCAUUUUCAGCUUCCAGGAAUUGUGUACAGAUCAUGGGGCCGUGCAUUAUCAUGCUGAAACAUGAGGUGAUGAAUGGCACGACAAUGGGCCUUGUCACGGUAUCUCUGUGCAUUCAAAUUACCAUCGAUAAAAUGCAAUUGUUUGUUGUCCGCAUCUUGUGCCUGCCCAUAUCAUAACCCCACCGCCACCAUGGGGCACUCUUUACAACCUUGACAUCAGCAAACCGCUCGCCCACACGACACCAUACAUGUGGUCUCCGUUUGUAAGGCCUGUUGGAUGUACUGCCAAAUUCUCUGAAAUUACGUUGGAGGCGGCUUAUGGCAGAGAAAUUCACAUUCAAAUAUCUGGAAACUGCUCUGGUGGACAUUCCUGCAGUCAGCUUGCCAAUCGCACGCUCCCUCAAAACUGUUGUGACAAAAUGACACAUUUUAGUGGCCUUUUAUUGUCCCUAGCACAAGGUUCACCUGUGUAAUGAUUAUACUUUUUAAUCAGCUUCUUGAUAUGCCACAUCUGUCAGGUGGAUGUAUUAUCUUGGAAAAGGAGAAAUGCUCAUUAACUGGGAUGUAAAUACAUUUGUGGACCAAAUUUGAGAGAAACACGCUUUUUGUGCGUAUGGAACAUUUUUGGGAUCUUUUAUUUCAGCUCAUGAAACAGGACCACCACUUCACAUGUUGCAUUUAUAUUUUUCUUCAGUACAGAUAAAUGGAACGCGUUCAACUCUUUCUUUCAAUAGACAGAGCUUGAAAUGGUGCUCUAGACAACCAAGGAAUUAUCCCAUAUGACAAACAUGUAAAAGAGGCAUCACUUGAUGCGUUUCAUAUCAACACUUCUCCAUCAAGUGAGUGCUGGCCAUAGACAACCUACAGUCGUGGCCAAAAGGUUUGAGAAUGACACAAAUAUUUAAUUUCCACAAAGUUUGCUACUUCAGUGUCUUUAGAUAUUUCUGUCAGAUGUUACUAUGGAAUACUGAAGUAUAAUUACAAUAAUUUCAUAAGUGUCAAAGGCUUUUGUUGACAAUUACACAAAGUUGAUGCAAAGAGUCAAUAUUUGCAGUGUUGACCCUUCUUUUUGAAGACCUUUAAUCUGCCCUGGCAUGCUGUCAAUUAACUUCUGGGCCACAUCCUGACUGAUGGCAGCCCAUUCUUGCAUAAUCAAUGUUUGUAGUUUGUCAGAAUUUGUAGGUUUUUGUUUGUCCACCCGCCUCUUGAGGAUUGACCACAAGUUCUCAAUGGGAUUACGGUCUGGGGAGUUUCCUGGCCAUGGACUCAAAAUAUCGAUGUUUUGUUCCCAGAGCCACUUAGUUAUCACUCUUGCCUUAUGGCAAGGUGCUCCAUCAUGCUGGAAAGGCAUUGUGCGUCACCAAACUGUUCCUGGAUGGUUGGGAGAAGUUGCUCUCGGAGGAUGUGUUGGUACCAUGCUUUAUUCAUGGCUGUGUUCUUAGGCAAAAUUGUGAGUGAGCCCACUCCCUUGGCUGAGAAGCAAACCCACACAUGAAUGGUUUCAGGAUGCUUUACUGUUGGCAUGACACAGGACUGAUGGUAGCGCUGACCUUGUCUUCUCCGGACAAGCUUUUUUUGCGGAUGCCCCAAACAAUCGGAAAGGGGAUUCAUCAGAGGAAAUUACUUUACCCCAGUCCUCAGCAGUCCAAUCCCUGUACCUGUUGCAGAAUAUCAGUCUGUCCCUGAUGUUUUUCCUGGAGAGAAGUGGCAUCUUUGCUGCCCUUCUUGACACCAGGCAUCCUCCAUAGUCUUCGCCUCGCUGUGUGUGCAGAUGCACUCACACCUGCCUACUGCCAUUCCUGAGCAAGCUCUGUACUGGUGGUGCCCCUAUCCCGCAGCUGAAUCAACUUCAGGAGACGGUCCUGGCACUUGCUGGACUUUGUUGGGUGCCCUGAAGCCUUCACAACAAUUUAACUGCUCUCCUUGAAGUCCUUGAUGAUCUGAUAAAUGGUUGAUUUAGGUGCAAUCUUACUGGCAGCAAUAUCCUUGCCUGUGAAGCCUUUUUUUGCGCAAAGCAAUGAUGAUGGCACUUGUUUCCUUGCAGGUAACCAUUGUUGACAGAGGAAGAACAAUGAUUCCAAGCACCACCCUCUUUCUGUUAUUUGAACUCAAUCAGCAUGACGGAGUGAUCUCCAGCCUUGUCCUUGUCAACACUCACACCUGUGGUAACGAGAGAAUCACUGACAUGUCAGCUGGUCCUUUUGUGUCAGGGCUGAAAUGCAGUGGAAAUGUUUUUUAGGGAUUCAGUUAAUUUGCAUGGCAAAGAGGGACAUUGCAAUUCAUCUGUUCACUCUUCAUAACAUUCUGGAGUAUAUGCAAAUUGCCAUCAUACAAACUGAGGCAGCAGAUUUUGUGAAAAUUCAUAUUUGUGUCAUUCUCAACUUUUGGCCACGACUGUACAAACACACACAUACACUGAGUGUACAAAACCACUCUUUCCAUGACAGACUGACUAGGGAAAAUCCAGUUGAAAGCUAUGAUCCCUUAUAGACGUCGCCUGUUAAAACCACUUCAAACUGUUGAUGAAGAGGAGACAGGUUAAAGAUUAAUCUUAAGCCUUGAGACCUGGAUUGUGUAUGUGUGCCGUUCAGAGGGUGAAUGGGCAGACAAAAUAUUUAAGUGCCUUUGAACUGGGUAUGGUAGUAAGUGCCUGUUGCACCAGUUUGAGUGUCUCAAGAACGGCAAUGCCAACUUGACACAACUGUGGGAACCAUCAAUAUGGGCCAGCAUCCCUGUGGAAUGCUUUCGACACCUUGAGUCCACGGCCCGGAUAAUUUUUUUUUUGUUGUAUGUAUGUAUUUUAUUUAACUAGGCAAGUCGGUUAAGAACACAUUCUUAUUUACAAUUAAUGCCUACCCCGGCCAAACCCAGACGACACUGGUCCAAUUGUGCGCCGACCUAUGGGACUCCCAAUCAUGGCCAGUUGUGAUACAGCCUGGAAUUGAACCAGGGUCUGUAGUGACACCUCUAGCACUGAAAUGCAGUGCCUUAGACCGCUGCGCCACUGCCACUCGGGAGCCGCAGAAUUGAGGCUGUUCAUAGGGCAAAAGGGGGGGGAGGGUGCAACUCAAUAUUAGGAAUAUGUGCCUAAUGUUUUGUACACCGUGUAUAUAUGAUGCAGUUUCUGGUCCCUUUUUCUGUUCAUAGGUUGCACCUCAGUCACUCUGUUGUCAUGCCAUUGUUAUGAACGUUCUAAAGCCGCCCUCUGCUGGCGGCGUCAUAGCGGUGAUAAACCCAAUCAUUCUGCAAUAGGUGAACUAUUUUGCCUAAAUUACACUAUCGCCUGGGGAAAAAAGUUGAUAUUUCUAAAGUAGUAGGAAAUAUUGUCAUGUCAUUAGCUAGCAAACUUAGUCAAAAAUAGCUAGCAAUUCUAACGUUAGCUCGGUGACCUCCCCUCAAUUUAACUAGCUAGCUAACGUUGUACUGCAUCGAAAGUCAAUCUGGCCACGUCCGAUUGAUGGCAAAGGGGGGUUUCUACUAAUUAUUUGCCUCCAUUUGAAUGUAAUUGUAUUUCCGAGCCACUGUAUUGCACUUUUAAUGAAAUCAUCAGCACUCAUUGACGAUGCGUCUAGUAGAGGGUGCUCAGUCGGGCAUCAGUCUGAAACGAAUGUUCAAAACAACAUUGUGACGAAACAUCGAAUAGAUUAUUAGAUCAGUUAGUUCUUUCUCCUUGACCAGGGUCUGUACCUGCCGCCGUCCUCCUCAAAGCUUUUAUCUCUUCAGUUAGAACAUUGAAGAACAACUAUUUGUGGAAAUGAUUUCCCUGUUUAAAGUUCCUGGCUGUGUUUCCAGAAGCCAUUUCAGUUUGACAUUUUAUGAAGAGUUCAGAUUAUUUUUCCACAAUAGAGCCAGGUAACUGUUGGAAACAAUCACUCAUUGAAUUAAGCUCCACUCACAAACACCACCAUGUCGGGAACAGUUUAAUGGUCCUGAACAGACCCCAGUGGUUAAUGGGUACACAUUGAUGUGGCUUUGAAGAGAGCCCUGGGUGCAUUAAGAAAAUGCAUUAACGUGUGGUGAGCGAAAGCGCACACGUAGCCAUGUAAAGAGAUGUCAUUGUUCCGGUCCAGAAACAAGCCCAUAUCCCCAGGCAUUUCAUGUAAAGUGCCCUUGGGAGCAGGGGUCAGAGGUUGUUUCUGGACAGCCAUUGUCUCUGCCCCUUGGUUCUCAGUCCCCUCAGGUUAGUCCAAGAGGUUAGAGAGCAAUGGGGCCAAUGUAGGAUUUAUUCAGCCAUCAAUCAAUGCAUUAUCAAAACCAUUGCGCAUGUGUCUUAGGGCUCUAUAUAUGGGGUGUUUUGGCAUUCUGAGCUUUUUCUAACCAUGUGACCCGACCGACCACAAAACAAGUUUAAAGGCUAUAACGAGGACCCAGAAUUUUUCAUGGUCAGGACAACUCCUGACACUACACGUCUCCUGGUGUACUCAUUUGCACAAAUCAGUAUUUAAUCUCUCACCUGAUCACUACCAGGCUCGCUGGGGUUUGAUAAUGAUCACUACCAGGCUCGCUGGGGUUUGAUAAUGAUCACUACCAGGCUCGCUGGGGUUUGAUAAUGUAUUUUGGAGUUUCUGGAGAAGUGUCCUCCUUCAAGCUGUUUGCAUUUUGACCGUGUUUGGAAUUUAAGCUUUUUCAAAUAUUCAUGGUUUCACCAGUUGUCAAGUCUAAGCUUGCUGAUGUGUACAUAUUGUUGUUUCUUGUCGACCUCAUAUAAAGUACCUUCAGAAUGUAUUCAUACCCCUUGACGUUCUCCAACAAUACCCCAUAAUGACAAAGUGAAAACAUGUUUUUAGACAUCUUUGCUAAGUUACUGAAAAUGAAAUAUUUCAUUUACAUAAGUAUUCAUACUCCUGAGUCAAUACUUUCUAGAAGCAUAUUUGGCAGUGAUUCCAGCUGAGAGUAUUUCUAGGUAAGUCUAAGAGCUUUCUCCACCUGGAUUGUGCAACAUUUGCCCAUAUUAUUUUCAAAAUUCUUCAAGAUCUGUAAAAUUGGUAGUUGAGCACUGCUAGACAACCAUGUUCAGGUCUUGCCAUAGGUAUUCAAGUAGAUUUAAGUUAAAAUUGUAUCUCGGCCACUCAACAUUCACUGUUGGUAAAGGAACUUUAGUGUAGCUUGGACCUUGUUUUAGGCUAUUGUCCCGCUGAAAGGUGAAUUAAUUUACCAGUGUCUGGUGGAAAGCAGACAACCAGGUUUUCCUCAAGGAGUUUGCCUAUGCUUUGCUCUAUUUUGUUUUCAUUUUCUUUGCUGAAAAACUUCCCAGUCCUUAAUGAUUACAAGCAUACCCAUUACAUGAUGCAGCCACCACUAUGCUUUAACAUAUGCAGAGUGGUACUCUGUAAUGUAUUGGAUUUUCCCCAAACAUAACACUUUGUAUUCAGGACAAAAAUGUAAUUGCUUUGCCACAUUUUAAUUUUCUUUCUUUUCACUAUGUCAAUUAGGUUAGUAUUGUGGAGUAACGAUCAACAAUGUUGUUGAUCCAUCCUCAGUUCUCUUAUCACAGCUAUUAAAUCCCAUAACUGUUUUAGAGUUACCAUUGGGCUCACGGUCAAAUUCCUGAGCGGUUUCCUUCCUCAACUAAGUUGGGAAGGACACCUCUGUUUCUCGUGACUGGGUGUAUUGAUACGCCAUCCAAAGUGUCAUUUAAUAACUUCCCCGUGAUCAAAGGGAUAUUCAAUGUCUGUUUUUUCUUCUUUUUGCCAUCUACCGAUAGGUGCCCUUUUGUAAGGCAUUUUAAAAUAUCCCUGGUCGUUUUGGUUAAAUGUGUUUUGAAAUUCACUCUGAGGGACCUUACAAUUAUCUGUAUGUGUGGGGCACAGAGAUGAGGUUGUCAUUCAAAAAUGGUUAAACACUAUUAUUGAGUGAGUCCAUGCAACUUAUUGUGACUUGUUAAACAAAUGUUUACUCUAACUUUUUUAGGCUUGACAUAACAAGGGGUUGACUACUUAAUGACUCAAGACAUUUCAGCUUUUCAUUUUUAAUGAAUUGGUAACAUUUUUUAAACUAUUCCACUUUAACAUUAUGGGGGUGUACCAGUUACAACAUAUCUAAAUGUAAUCUAUUUUAAAUCCAAAGUGUAACAAAAGUCAUGGUGUGAAUACUUUCUGAAGGCACUGUAAGCCAUAGAUCGAUGUCACUGUCUGACUGACUGUUAGACAUCUAUUGAAUGCUUGUCUGGGCUGGGCUUUCUAGAAAGCAAGAGCAAUGGGUUGGUUAGUUAUUACUAAAUACAGUUAAGAUGAAUAUGGGUUACUGAUAAGUCAGUCAUACUAGAACAAUUUCUUUCUUUUAAUAAAAAAUUGUUUCAAAAUAUUUAGCAAAGUUAGCAUUCUAACUCAUUGAUCCUGCUUUGUGAAACCCCCUUACUGAGAAUGUGGUGUCUGGUGCAAACUGUUUCUGUGAAACUCUAUUGUAAAUAAAGAUUUAAUGAAGAUUUUAA